AUCUUUAUAUGUGCAUCAUUAUACAUAUAUGUAUACAUGUAAAACUAUUUAGAAUAAAAAAAGACUAUAAAUACCUGGGAGGAAAGAUCAAUUCUACAAGUGCACGUACUUUCCUAGUUCAUUGACUUUAGGUACACAGGCUACGAAACGUACAAAGGGUAAAAAAGACGAAAACAAAUUUAAGCGGUAAUACAAAAAAAAAUUACACAUUUAUUUAAUUGGAUACCAGUUAACCAGUCCAGUCCUAUGGAAUAUAAUCAUCAGUAUUAUUCAAGCUAUUCAUCAGAUAUUGACAAUAAUUAUUACAAUAACGAUGAUGAUGAUGAUGCUGAAAUCGAGGAAUUCAAACGAAAAACUGAAGCAGGUCGUAAAGCACGUCAAAGGGCUAAACAAGACAUUGAACGCGAUAUGGAAAAUACAAUCACGCAAGAUGUCCGUCAAUUAGCACGUAAAGCCUCUGAUACUGUACUCAAUGAAUACGAUGAAGCAAGACAAAGAGCUUGGGCAAGAGAUCAACAAACUUUGGAUUACAUUGAUGAAAUAUUAAGGAAUGCUGACAAAGCACCAUAUUAUUUACCAUCUUCACAAUUGAAUGUAAGAAGAAGUUCAUAUAAUCGAUUUACGGAUAUGCGUAAUGGAGAUAAAUCGAUGAAACUGAAUACAAAUGAACGUUCAUCAAAUGGUCAUCUGGAUAUACUACCGCCAGUCAACGGGAAAUUGAGAGAGUCAAGUUCAACUGAAACGGCAAGACAAAAGAUGAGAAGAGUAGAGGAACGUUUGGAAGGUAUUUUAGACUAUGAAUUACCAAGUGCUGAAAGUUUCAAGAAUAUGCGUCAUUCAUUAAGAGACAUUCAUGAUAAAAUGUCAAAGCAUCGAUUAAUUCUGGAUCGUUAUAGUUCACUCGACUCAGGGGACAAUGAUAAUGACAACCGUAAAGUAUCUGAGAGAAUCGACGAGAAAUACAGAGAAUUAGAAGAGAGAAUGCCGUGUUUAACGAUGUCUUCAAGAGCACAAGAAAAAGAGAAACGCACGACUCGUUUUGAUCCAACCUUUAUUCCAGGUUAUUCGACUGGUUUAAGUAUAACUAAUUCUGUACAAAAUGCAGAACUUCGCGGUCGUAUUAGAUCAUUACUGUCACGGACCAAACGUACUGGUUAAGUGUCAGAAGUCAAUAAAUGCAAAGAAGCAAUCAUUGUGCACGUUGAUGAUUAAUUAUAGGGCUUAAAACUAAUCUGCUAUACACAAUAUCUUAAUUAGAAAACUUUAUAUUAUAUAUCAUAUAUAUAUAUAUGAAUUAUUCAUAAAGUUUACGUUAAAAGUG